AUGGAAGAUCUUCUGGAAGAAGCAAACAAGAACCCAAGUUCCAUUUAUGAAGAUGAGGAACAAUCCUAUCCAGCUCCCUUAUCUAAAAAAAAUAGAAGUCCCAUUUAUGAAGAUGAGGUUGAAAAAUCCUGUCUAGCUCUCUCAACUAAUAAAAAAAACAAAAAUUCCACUACUUUGCAGUCACCUAUUACUAGUAGAAGCAAUUCAUUUAGUUCAAAAGAAGUGGAAGCUAAUCCUGAAGUCAAUCGUAAUAAUUUUUUAGGAAAUUAUGAUCAUAAUAAUCAAAACCAACAUGACAAACACAAUGAAUUUAAUGAAAACAAUGAAUAUGAACACAAUGAAUAUGAACGUAAUGAAUAUAUUGAAUUACUAGAAAAAAUUUCAGUAUCUGAACUUGCAUAUUUUGUGGCUUUAAGACCACAUAUAUUAAACUUGGCAAAUAAGAUAUUUGAAGGUAAUAAUAUGUCAUCUAUAUCAUAUGCUUCUGUACCAACAUCAUCUGUUCCUGUAUCAACAUCACCUGUUAUAUCACCUAGCGAAGCAAAAUUGCUUUUUCUUCGUACUCGUGUCUGCUCGAAAGGAUUAAAAGAAGAAAUAAUUAGACGAAUUCGACCCGGAAUUGACAUGCAUUCAUCAGUUGCAAGAUCGAUAAUAGAUAAAUUUAGUCACAUGAUUAAUAGUGAUCGUGAUAAGCUUAAUACAUUUGCCUUAACAUCUGCAAAAGAAAUUAUUGAAGCUGAAAGAUGGAAAGAAGUAUCAAAUGUGAAUGUCAACACUAUUGAAAAAUUGGUUACAAAAGAUAAUAUAAAACUAGUAUUUAAUUCCCACUUAAAAUAUGCUCGUUUAUCACAAAAUAAUGAGGAAGGAAUGAAAAAAUUACUAGAAUUAUACCAGACAGUAGUAAAGAUUCACAUAAUAAAUAAAUUAAAAGGUGAACAAAAGUCAAUUGCAUCAUCAGAGGUCAAAAAUUUAGAUUAUAUUACUAAAAAUCUAAAAUUUAAUUCCGUUUCGGGAAAAAAUUAUGCGUAUGAAUUUGAACUUGACUAUUUUGUAUAA